GCAGCUGACUUGAGCGGGAGCUUGCACAUGCCUCUCCUGACAGCCUUGUCACCACUGCUCCUGGGAAGGUGUCUUUGAGAAGACCUGAAUGCAUCCCUCCAAACUUACAGCUGGAGCGAGAUCAAAACCAAACAGGCAAGCCAAGAGCAGGCUCUCUCUGAACUGUGAAUGAGCAUUUGGGAAGCCUGGAGGAGCUUUCUCAAGGGAGGCUGAUCAGAGCAGGCUCUGAGAGAAACUAAAGAAAACUCUAUUUCUAGCUUUUUGAAGCAAACGUUACUUGUUCACAAUAGGCAUGCCUGUCUAAGCUUCAGACUCUUCAGACAGAUAAGAACUUGGAGAGAAAUCCGUGAGACUCUCUUGCUUGGAAGAGUGCAUCAUCCCAAAACAGGGCGGUUUGAGCCCACUGCUGGGCAUGAUGAUGAACUCAACGCCUCCCCACGGGAUGCACACCUCUCUCCACUUCUGGAACCACAGCACCUAUGGGCUGAGGGGCAACACCAGCGAAUCCCUGGUAAAGGGUUACCUGGAUGGAGGAUGCUACGAGCAACUUUUUGUCUCCCCUGAAGUGUUUGUGACCCUGGGAGUCAUCAGCUUGUUGGAGAACAUUCUGGUGAUCGUGGCCAUAGCCAAGAACAAGAAUCUGCAUUCCCCCAUGUACUUCUUCAUCUGCAGCCUGGCAGUGGCUGAUAUGCUGGUAAGCGUUUCCAAUGGAUCCGAAACCAUAGUCAUCACCCUGCUCAACAGCACCGAGACAGACGCACAGAGUUUCACAGUGAAUAUUGACAAUGUCAUCGAUUCGGUCAUCUGUAGCUCCUUGCUGGCGUCCAUCUGCAGCCUGCUUUCCAUUGCCGUGGACAGGUAUUUCACUAUCUUUUAUGCCCUCCAGUACCAUAACAUCAUGACUGUCAAGCGGGUUGGGGUCAUCAUCAGUUGCAUCUGGACAGCGUGUACAGUGUCGGGCAUCCUGUUCAUUAUUUACUCAGACAGCAGCGCUGUGAUCAUCUGUCUCAUCACCAUGUUCUUCACCAUGCUGGCUCUCAUGGCCUCUCUCUAUGUACAUAUGUUCCUCAUGGCCCGGCUUCACAUUAAGAGGAUUGCCGUCCUCCCAGGCACUGGUCCCAUCCACCAAGGUGCCAACAUGAAGGGGGCCAUCACCUUGACCAUCUUGAUUGGGGUCUUUGUGGUUUGCUGGGCCCCCUUCUUCCUCCACUUGAUCUUUUACAUCUCUUGCCCCCAGAAUCCAUACUGUGUGUGCUUCAUGUCUCACUUUAACUUGUAUCUCAUCCUCAUCAUGUGCAAUUCCAUCAUUGAUCCCCUCAUCUACGCACUGCGGAGCCAAGAGCUGAGGAAGACCUUCAAGGAGAUCAUCUGUUGCUAUCCUCUGGGAAGCCUCUGUGACUUGUCUAGGUACUGAGUGGGCGUGAGAGGAGCUUCUGAGAAGGUGCCUCAGAGACUUUUUCAUCACUGUACCACCGGAGCUGUGUGUGUCAGCAGCAGUUUUUCUUCUGUGUGAGGCAUUGGUUGAGAAUGUCUAGUGUAUAACAUUUAAAUUUAUGUUUUUUGAUGUGCAAAAAAUAGACAGUUUACUUUUAAUGCCAUGCUCCUUUUUCAUUGGAUAUAAAAUAUUUAUGCAUAUUAUGAAUUGUAGGCACUAUGGAUUUACAAAAGAAGA